GCUAAAAUCUCCAUGCAGAAUAUGUGAUAAACCUACAUUAUCUUAUACGGGCUAUUGUUCCAAACAUGCCAAAAAAAUCUAUCGUCGCCUCGAAAGAGAGAGACAACGAAUAAGUUGAUCCCAGCUGAAGGCACUCAGGGUAAGGGAUCGUGCCUACUUGUAUGAUUGUCAUAAACCCCUAUUAAUAUUUUUUUUUUCUUGGCAAAAGAGAUCAGCAUGAACAAUUGUUCACGAUCAGCUUACAUAUUUUCCGAUUUUGAAUACUAGCAUUAUAGAACAUUAAAAUAUUAUCAUGUCAUCCGAACUUGAUUCAUUGAGACAACGCAUUAUUGAGCUUGAGGCCGAGAAUGCUGAGGUUAAGGCCAAAUAUAUCAAAGUUAUGGAUGAGAAUGCAGAGGUCAAGGCUGAGAAUGCAAAGUUAAGGUGCGCUUUGAAAGAACAUGAAGCUAGGUUCACGAGACUAGAGCAGAGAGAUAAAGAAAAGACCAACCUUAUUGCCAAAAUGGAUGAUGAUAUCAAGGAAAUCAAACAAUCAUCGACCAAUGCCAGCUCUGUCGAAAAUCCCAACAAUGUUGUUCGCCUGGGUAAACUAGAAAAGAUGGCAAAGCCAUCAAAUACAUCUGAUAGUACAUUUAAUUCUAAUGUAUGCAAACCUAUUUGUACAGAAACUAAGUCAUUGGAGGAUAAAGAGACGGAUGAUUUCUUGAAUGAGGAGUAUAGGAGAAAGGUUAGCGAUGAGAUCAGGCAACGUAACAAAGAGAAGAAAAUUCAGCGUGAGUCAACUGUCCCUUCCGACUUAUCAUGUGUUACAGAAACUUCUCUAAGAAAUCAUGAUGAAAAUGAAAGUAACACAAAAACCGUGAACAUUGUUCACGAUCAAGAAAAGAUUUCAUUGGAAGACUCUGUGCAAAAAAUGCCUGAAAGACUUAAUGAGGAUGUUUCCCGGAUUCAGGCUUAGUCACUGAAAUUGUACGAAACUUAUUACAAGGAUUUCUGUCACAGAAGAGCUUGCCCGUUUAUUUCAUCAAGCGAGUAUAGCAAGGAAAAAUUCGAUCAAAGCUAAGCAGGAAGAGAUUUCAUCUUGGGGUCGUACCUUUCAGGCGUUUCUGAUGAAUAUUUGCGCAAAAUAACAAGCAAAGCAAGGAAGAUCAAUAAGCUAUUUGGAUAUAAUUACGAUCCUAUAACUCUGAAAAAGAUUAAAGGCAUAUGGUUAAUCGGGUUACCUAUAGUG